CUGAAGCUGAACAAGAUGGCUGUGUGUUGGGGAGCGGAGAGCUGAGACAGAAAGGGAGAAAAGGGUCUCAUUUUAGACAGACACGCCAUUUAAAAAAACAAAAGGGACAAAGAGGAUCGCAACGCUGGUGUUCACUCUCGAAGUGUGAAGAGUUUCAUUUUAAUCUGGCAUCAGGAGCCCUGCCGGUCCCGGUCUCUGCUAGCGACGGCAGGCUUCUCCAUCUCCAGCCCAACGUUUCAUUCCCAGGCUCAGUGUUGCACAGAUUAGCUCAAUUACGGAAGCUCGUGAAGAAGCUGGACCCUGUACUAAAGGCGCAAUUAAGAAAUGUCAUUGCUGUGUGUUGGAGUGAAGAAAGCCAAGCUUGAUGGACCCCAAGAGAAAUUUAACACGUACGUGACCCUGAAGGUGCAGAAUGUUAAGAGCACAACCAUCGCUGUGCGCGGCAUUCAGCCAUGCUGGGAGCAGGAUUUCAUGUUCGAAAUAAACCGCCUGGAUCUGGGCCUGACAGUGGAGGUGUGGAAUAAAGGGCUGAUCUGGGACACCAUGGUGGGCACCUUAUGGAUCCCACUGCGCAGCAUACGACAGUCCAAUGAGGAGGGCCCAGGCCAGUGGCUGACCCUGGACUCUAAUGCAAUCAUGGCUGAGAAUGAGAUCUGCGGAACCAAAGACCCGACCUUUCACCGGCUGCUGCUCGACACCCGCUUUGAACUGCCACUAGACAUUCCAGAGGAAGAGGCCAGGUACUGGGCCAAGAAACUUGAACAACUAAAUGCAAUGAGAGAUCAAGAUUAUCAAGAAGAACAGGAGCGACCGCUCCAUGCACCAUCCACACAAUGCUGUAAUUGGAGUCUGUGGGGAGAUCAGCAAAACGAGGAUCCAGACAGCGCCGUGGAUGACAGGGACAGCGACUACCGCAGUGAGACCAGUAACAGCAUCCCGCCUCCCUACUACACCACCUCCCAGCCCAACGCUUCCAUGCACCAGUAUCCCAUGAGGCACCAGCACUACAGACACUCCUACAACGACGACAUCCAUGAGCUAGACUACGACCACAGAGUCAUGAGUCCCACAGACAGUCGGUACGCCUCGUCAGGCGAGUUGAGUCGAGGCAGCUCUCAGCUCAGCGAGGAGUUUGCUCCUGAGGACGGCGAGAGCUUGCGAGGUUCAGAGUUCUACGAUGAAAAUGACUCCUACCACUCCUGCCACUCCUCCGUCAGCUACGGCAAAGAGGAUUCCCCAGUCUGGGAUGGGGAGGACCACCAGGGGGUCUACAGCGACGAGGGAGGCUACCUCAAAGAUGGAGGGGAAGAGGGGGCGCUGUAUGCCGAAGAGGAUGGAGACAUGUACACAGAGGAAGGAGAGUACUACGAAGAUGAGGAGGAGAUGCCUUAUGAGGAAGAUGAAGAUAUGUAUCCACUUGACGGCACACUCAGUGAAGAACAAGAGCCGCCCUACACCCCCACACCCACAAGCACUGCCCCCACCCUUUUGCCCCCCUCCGAUAGUCUGUCCUCCACAAGGCCACCGCUGGAGAAGCAGGCGUCAUUGCAUCAGCAGCAGUCUGCCCAUGAUCAGCCGCAGCCCCCCAGCACAGCUCCCGGUCUACCUCCACUCGCACAGGAGAACACGUUGCCCCCUUUCAGCACAGAAACCACCAAGUCUCCAUUUGCACACACCCAGCCAGCUCUGUCUACCACCACUACAUCCACCCCCACAACAACCUCACAGGUUUCAGCUACCAAGCCACUGGAGCCUGAGCCCAAGUCCGAGGUACCGCUGGAGGCACCUCGACCCACCGAGCAGCCUCCAACAGCAGAAAGUGUCCCUCCAGCUCCUGAAGAGAAAACAGAAGAGCCACCUGUUCCAAGCUUCCCAAAUAGGGAAAUCAUGGAGCCUGGUCCUGCCAGAGCCAAAGCCAACUGGCUCCGACUUUUCAGCAGAGUACGACUACAGCUGCAAGAGGCCAGAGGUGAAAGUGUUGGCAUCGCCUCUCUGCUUUUAUCAGCAGGGAUGGGUGGCGCUCUGUAUAGCAUUGACAGCAUGCCAGAUCUCAGGAAGAGGAAAGCUAUGCCUCUGGUCAGAGAUCUGGCUAUGUCCUUGGUUCAGAACUCCAGGAAGGCAGGCAUCACCUCGGCCCUGACGUCCAGCACACUGCAUAACGAAGAACUGAAGAGUCAUGUCUACAAGAAGACCCUCCAGGCCCUCAUUUACCCCAUCUCCUGCACCACCCCACACAAUUUCGAAGUGUGGACAGCCACCACACCUACUUACUGCUAUGAGUGUGAGGGACUGCUGUGGGGUAUUGCUCGCCAGGGCAUGCGCUGUACAGAGUGUGGGGUCAAAUGCCACGAGAAGUGCCAAGAUCUACUCAAUGCUGAUUGUCUGCAAAGAGCAGCAGAGAAGAGCUCCAAACAUGGUGCGGAGGACCGUACCCAGAACAUCAUCAUGGUUCUUAAAGACCGCAUGAAGAUCCGCGAGAGGAACAAACCUGAGAUCUUCGAACUCAUUCAGGAGGUGUUCGCCAUCGUCAAGGCCACCCACGUCACUCACAUGAAGCAGAUCAAACAGAGCGUGCUCGAUGGCACCUCUAAAUGGUCGGCCAAGAUCAGUAUCACAGUGCUGUGUGCCCAGGGUCUACAAGCCAAGGAUAAAACUGGUUCCAGUGACCCUUAUGUCACCGUCCAGGUGGGAAAGACCAAAAAGAGGACCAAGACCAUCUACGGCAACCUCAACCCUGUCUGGGAGGAGACAUUUAAUUUUGAAUGUCACAACUCCUCAGACCGCAUCAAGGUGCGAGUGUGGGAUGAGGACGACGACAUAAAGUCUCGUGUGAAGCAGAAGUUCAAGCGGGAGUCAGAUGACUUCCUCGGUCAAACUAUCAUCGAGGUGCGCACUUUGAGCGGAGAAAUGGACGUCUGGUACAACCUGGACAAGCGCACAGACAAAUCAGCUGUGUCCGGAGCUAUCCGCAUGCACAUUAAUGUAGAGAUCAAAGGAGAGGAGACGGUCGCCCCCUAUCACGUUCAAUACACCUGUUUGCAUGAAAACCUCUUCCACUAUGUGACAGAUAUCCAGAACAACGGUGUGGUGAAGAUCCCUGAUGCCAAAGGGGAUGAUGCAUGGAAAGUCUAUUUUGAGGAGACUCCCCAGGAGAUUGUAGAUGAGUUUGCCAUGCGUUAUGGAGUGGAGUCCAUCUACCAGGCCAUGACUCACUUUGCAUGCCUGUCAUCUAAGUACAUGUGCCCAGGUGUGCCUGCAGUGAUGAGUACCCUAUUGGCUAACAUCAAUGCCUACUACGCUCACACCACCCAGGCAACGAACAAUGUCUCUGCCUCUGACCGCUUUGCUGCUUCUAACUUUGGGAAAGAGCGAUUUGUCAAGCUUCUAGACCAGCUUCACAACUCUCUGAGGAUUGACCUGUCCAUGUACCGAAACAACUUCCCUGCCAGCAGUCCCGAGAGGCUGCAGGACCUCAAGUCCACAGUGGACCUCCUCACCAGUAUCACCUUCUUCAGAAUGAAGGUCCAAGAGCUUCAGUCUCCACCCAGAGCCAGUCAGGUUGUGAAGGAUUGUGUCAAAGCCUGUCUCAACUCCACCUACGAGUAUAUCUUCAAUAACUGUCAUGAGCUGUACAGCCGCGAGUAUCAGACAGACCCGGCCAAACAGGGUGCCGUGCCACCAGAGGAGCAGGGACCCAGUAUCAAGAAUCUGGAUUUUUGGUCCAAACUCAUCACACUUAUUGUCUCCAUUAUUGAGGAGGACAAGAAUUCCUACACUCCCUGCCUCAACCAAUUUCCCCAGGAACUCAACGUGGGUAAAAUCAGUGCUGAAGUCAUGUGGAACCUGUUUGCUCAGGAUAUGAAGUAUGCAAUGGAGGAACACGAAAAAAAUCGAUUGUGCAAGAGUGCAGAUUACAUGAACCUCCACUUCAAGGUCAAGUGGCUGUACAACGAGUACUGUAAAGACCUGCCCUUCUUCAAGAGCAGGGUGCCCGAAUAUCCUGCGUGGUUUGAGCCAUUUGUCAUUCAGUGGCUGGACGAAAACGAGGAAGUGUCUCGGGACUUUCUGCAUGGCGCUUUGGAGAGAGACAAAAAAGAUGGGUUCCAGGUCACAUCAGAACACGCUUUGUUCUCCUGCUCGGUGGUGGACGUCUUUUCCCAGCUCAACCAGAGCUUUGAGAUCAUCAGGAAGCUAGAGUGCCCGGAUCCACAGAUCGUAGGACAUUAUAUGAAGCGGUUUGCUAAGACCAUCAGUAAUGUACUUCUGUCCUACGCUGAUAUCAUCUCCAAGUUGUUUGCUAACUAUGUCACCAUGGAGAAAGUGCCCUGCAUCCUGAUCAACAACAUCCAGCAGCUGAGAGUUCAGCUGGAGAAGAUGUUUGAAGCCAUGGGUGGAAAAGAUCUGUGUGUGGAGGCCAGCGAUAUCCUGAAAGAUCUGCAGGUUAAGCUCAACAAUGUCAUGGACGAUCUCAGCAGGGUCUUUUCUGUCAGUUUCCAACCUCAUAUAGAGGAGAAUGUGAAGCAGAUGGGAGACAUCUUGGCUCAGGUGAAGGGAACCUCAAAUGUGGGAAAUGCCAGCAGCGUGGCACAGGAUGCUGACAACGUCCUGCAACCCAUCAUGGAGUUCCUGGACAGCAACCUGACGUUGUUUGCUAAGAUCUGUGAGAAGACUGUGCUGAAACGUGUGUUGAAGGAGCUGUGGAAGCUGGUGAUGAACACCAUGGAGAAGACCAUCGUUCUGCCGCCACUCACAGACCAAACGAUGAUUGGGAGGCUGAAGAGUGCUUCUCACAGUGAUGGCACUCAGCUCAUCUUUAAUGCUGCCAAGGAGCUGGGACAGCUGUCCAAGCUCAAGGAGCACAUGGUUCGUGAGGAGGCCAAAGCACUCACACCUAAGCAGUGCGCUGUGAUAGAACUGGCCCUGGACACCAUCAAGCAAUAUUUCCAUGCUGGUGGUGUCGGUCUGAAGAAGACUUUCCUGGAGAAGAGUCCUGACCUCCAGUCUCUCCACUACGCCCUGUCUCUCUACACGCAGGCUACGGACAAACUCAUUAGGACCUUUGUCCAGUCACAGAACGCACAAGUGUUCGGCGGGAAGGGGGUGAGGUUCACCACUAGUGAGGAUGUUUACCCAGACAAGGGUGCUGGGGUGGACGAUGCCGUGGGAGAGGUGUCCAUCCAUGUGGAGAUUUUCACUCACCCAAACACCGGAGAGCACAAGGUCACAGUGAAAGUGGUGGCUGCCAAUGACCUGAGGUGGCAGACACAGGGAAUAUUCCGGCCAUUUGUGGAGGUCUACAUCAUCGGCCCUCACCUCAGCGACAAGAAGAGAAAGUACGCCACCAAGUCGAAGAACAACAGCUGGGCUCCAAAAUACAAUGAAACCUUUACUUUCACCCUGAGUAACGAGGUGGGCCCUGAAUGCUAUGAGCUGCAGGUGUGUGUGAAGGACUACUGUUUCGCGCGGGAGGACCGCACCGUGGGUAUGGCCGUCCUGCAGCUGAAGGACAUGGCCUCCAAAGGCAGCGUCGCCUGCUGGCUGCCUCUGGGUAAACGCAUCCACAUGGACGAGACGGGCCUCACCGUCCUGCGAAUCCUCUCCCAACGCAACAACGACGACGUCGCCAAAGAGUUCGUCAAGCUCAAGUCUGACCAGCGCUCUGCAGAGGAGGGCCGCAGCUAAGAGACAUGACAGAAUUGAAAACGAUCCGUCUGAAGCUCGAUCAGACAUCGCCACCUACUGCCCUGGCUCUGCUGAGCCACUGCUAGCCACUGCCCUGAUGAUCCAGUGUUGUAAAAGCACAGAUACGACAACAGUCACCACACAUCCAGUGCUGUAAAUACAUUCAUUUCAGUGGGAAAAGACAUAGUGCUAAACAAGUCAUCACUAAUUGUAUUCAAAAAGCACCAAUGUCUUUAUUGUUGCAGAAAUGAUCAGCCAUCCUUUUGAUGAACAAUGCAUAGAGUUUAAUUAUAGAGCAUAUAUCCUCUAUCCGUAGAGGUGAGUCAUACCAUUCCACUCCACAUACACACACACACACACACACACACACACACACACACACACACACACACACACCUCGGUUGACUGGUUAAGGUGAAAGAAAUACCUUGUAGCCUUUUAAUAUUUUCCAUUUCUUUUCUCAGCCUCUUACCCCUCAUGCUUUCCAGUUCCUCUCGCCCCUUGUCUGUCUGUGCACCCGCACAGGGAAGGGACCGCAAGUGCCGACACAUAAUCUCUGAAAUAUGCCAAGACCAGCCAUGAGCACAACAGGACCAAUUGUCCAACUGACCUAUUAACAACAACAAAACGGCUAUACGGCCUCAAACAUUCCAGGUUUCGGGUAGGGACAUGGCAUAUUGGGAACAAAGCACUAUUUAGUUAUGAUAGUAUUAAUAUUUAUUUACUGCUUUCUGCCAAAUUAUAUUUAUAUUUAAAUCAUUCUAUAUAUAUCAUAAUCUAUAAUAUAUGAAGGACAUAUGCAGGAUUAUUCAAUGGACGUUCGGUACUUGAAAGAUUGCCUUUGUCUGUCUUUAUGUCCGUCUACCCUGUAACAGAGCACACUGCCUGACACCCUCAAUGCCUUCUGUCUUGUUGACCCUCGUACAGUGUGUCUGUCUCCUAUACAGCGACUGUAUAAAGAGAUUAAUCUGAUGAAAACACGCCUUCAAGCACUGUGAUUCAUCAGACUAUAUGUGUGUGUGAGAAUGAUCGUGUCCAAGUGUGAAUGUAUAAUCAACGUUUGAGCAUGUGUGAGUGUUUUGUAAGAUGUUCUCAUGUUGACCUCAUGUAGCCGCCCGUGUUGCCUGUUACCUGCAAAUGUAAUCACAGGAAGCCAUCACAAGCAAAGAGCAUCACAGGUGUUCAUAUUUUUUACUUUAAAGAGGAUGCGUCUUCCAUCUUAUGAUGGAUAUUUCUGUCUUUUUUGUCUUACUGUAAACAUUCCGCAGCUAGACAGCCCAAUAAUGGAUGUGCAAGAGGUGCAUGAUAAAAGGAUGAACACUUGACUGCCACCUCCUCUUCUUAAAAAACAACAACAUGCCAAAUCAAAACCUGCAUGUAAGAGGAUGAUAAAAACUUGUCCUCAAGAUCCUAUUUUGCAAAAGCAACAUCGUCUGAGGUAAUAUAUCUACGUGGGUUACAAUAACACACACCCUGCACCUCAGGGAGAGCACAAAUCACUAAUGAUCUACCACCCGUGAUCCCUAAUGAUCCGGUUGCAGAUGCAGUAACCCUGAUCCCUGGUAGCGAGAAGUCAGACCGCUACAAAAGGGAUGCAGAUCCAGACCACACCAGGUCUGGCGCUGACGUUUAAAAGAGGACCUACAGUUUAGAGAUGUAGUAUGAAGAUUUAGAAGCACAGGGUCUUUAAUGCACCAAUAAUUACACAUUUAUACUCUGAUCUGAAUUACACACCAAGAUGUCAAAUCAUCAUACUUACAUUUAUUUCUUUAAUCUAGAGUCAAUUUCAUAUGAAAAAAAAUGUUCUGAAUAGUCUAUUGACUGCCCAGCAUGUCUCCUAAUUCAAUUUUUAUUUUCAUGAAUGCCCAUUUUGUUAAAAAGAUUAAGCGGUUCUAGAAUAUGUGUGUAUGUAACAAAAAAGGCAUCCAGGGCGAGGAAAUGUCCAAGUUCAAUAAUGACAGGAUGUUCUGUUUUUUCUAUUUCUGCCUCUUUUUUAAGUUGCCUCUGCUGAAGGCCUCUACCAGACUACCGCUUGAUCGUACAUUACAAAUUGAACCGACCCCCUCUUAUGAAUAAGGUGUAAGAACUGAACUCUAUGCAUCUAAUCUAUAAAAAUAUUCGUAGAUGAGUCAUUUUUGAAGCAGUCUUAUAAUGUUUACAUUGUGGAUUAUUUUUCUUAUUAUAUCAGCACAAGUGUUUGUCUGAUAUGUUGUAAAAUGCUAUCUCUAUUAUAAAGGGCCAAACACCCCAGCUGUAGUAGAGCUGAUUAGCGAUUGAAAGUUGUUUGUACAGCUUUUCAUCAAUCUGGACAAUAAUCUGGAGGGGAAAGCUCGAUUGUUGUUUGGUUUGGGCAUUGUAAAUAGCUCGGAUGUAACAAACACAUGUCAGACUAUGUGAAGUGAAGUUUGCUGCUCUUUUGUAGACUUGAAUUUUUAGCUCUGGGAGAUUGGGCAGUUGGGUAUUAUGUGUGUGUGGAUGCCCAAUCUGGAUAUGUAGCUAUUAUUGAAAUAUAUGGGAAGGCCGUGUACACACUGGAGAUGAAUAACAAGCAAUUUGCACAAAUCUAAUCAUUUAAUGGGCUUGAGAGCCAAUUCAUUUUACACUGACAUUAUAUACCAUUAUAUAGACUAUAUAAAGGAAACCCAUUAACUAAACAAAAUUGAAACAUGUGUCACUCUUUGGUGUGUACAAGGUCUGUUAUUCAAGGAGACAUCUGCACAGACUUUUAAUAACUUUGAAUAAAAGGUUCACAACUGUCACAUAGCUGGAAAUGCCACGAAAA